AUGCCGUCCAACCUACCAAAGACCUACAAGGUCGCAGUCUUCAAGGAGAAAGGGAGUCCACUGACUAUCGAAGAGCGUGAACUCAAGCAACCUGGCGAUGGCGAAGUUCUAGUCAAGGUUCUGGCAUGCGGUGUCUGCCAUUCAGACGUUGUCGUCCAGCAUGCCGCGUUUGGCAAUCCUCUUCCGAUGGUUCCGGGUCAUGAAAUUAUCGGAGAAGUCGUUGCAGUGCCAUCCUCCGAGAAGAAAUGGAAGGAGGGCGAUCGAGUAGGAGGCCCAUGGCACGGUGGCCACGACGGAACAUGCUCAAACUGUAUCAAGGGUCUUUACCAAAUGUGCCAGAACGGUACCGUGAACGGUGUUUUCCGUGACGGCGGGUACGCUGAGUACGUGCUGUUAAGAACAGAGGCAGUGGUAGAUAUCCCCAAGGACGUCGACCCUGCUGAAUUUGCUCCUCAGCUGUGUGCCGGUGUCACCGUCUUUAACAGUUUGCGGCACCAGAACAUCAUGCCAGGGUCUACUGUUGCUGUCCAAGGUCUCGGUGGCCUAGGACAUCUCGCUCUUCAAUAUGCAUCCAAAUCCGGCUACCGCACCGUCGCCAUCUCCUCAUCCGACGCCAAACGAGACUUUGCGACAAAACUCGGCGCCCACGAAUAUGUCGACAGCUCAAAGGGAGAUAUCGGCGAACAACUCCAGAAACUGGGUGGUGCAUCUUGCAUCAUGCUCACUGCACCAAAUCGGCAACUCAUCCCAUCUUUGGUCAAGGGUCUGGCUCCGCUAGGUAAGCUGUUGGUACUGGCGGCUAUGGACGGUCCGGCGGAAAUCGAUACGAACGCUCUGCUGAUGCAAGGGACGAGUGUGACUGGUUGGCCUUCUGGGCAUGCACGAGACUCUGAGGACACGAUAUUGUUUGCUAAGACGCAUGGAGUCAAGUGUAUGAUUGAGAAGUUCUCGCUUGAUCAGGCGAAUGAGGCUCUUGAGCAUAUGAAUCAGGGCAAGGUGCGGUUCAGGGGUGUUUUGCUGCCGAAUAACUAG